AUGUCGGUGGGGUCCAACAGAGAGCACCACUACCAAAACCUCCGGGAUCGCUACACCAAUUGUACCUUCGUCGACGGGAACCUGGAGAUCACUUGGCUCAACGACGAAAACAUGGAUCUGAGCUUCCUGGAAAACAUCCGGGAAGUCACCGGCUACGUCCUGAUUUCCCACGUCAACGUCCGGAACGUCAUCUUGCCUCGUCUGCAAAUCAUCCGCGGACGCACGCUUUUCAAGCUUCCGGUCCAUGGAGAAUUUGCACUCGCCGUCACUCUCAGCAAGAUGGACACCUUGCAAAUGCCUGCCUUAAGAGUGCCAAAGCCCAGCGUUCGCUUCCGCCAACUAAUUCGCCAACACGGCCUUGUUCGCACCUGCGCGCCGAGCUUCCUGCCAGACGCGUCGUGCUGUUUGUUUUCCGAAGGACACAAUGAGGCCAUUUGUCGCUUCCCGAACCCCCGGGUUUUCGGGUGGGUGGGCGACAAUCAAGGGUACUGUUGCCCGCGUGCGCAAUUCGCGCCGUAUGGCGAAUUUCCGGGCAAGCGAAGGUUAUGCAACCGUCACCUAGAAUUCCUCGUGGAAAUCGAUGUUGAUUGUUGUGGGAAGGUUCGCAACGGAUCUCGGAAACGUUUUAUUGCGCACGGCAUGACGGGCUUUUGA